AUGUUAAAACGUCGAUCUGCUUGUGAGCGCUGCAGAAGCCAGAAGCUCAAAUGCAUCCGCGAGCUUGAGAAUAGGACCGAUUCAUGUCUGAGAUGUUCUCAAGCGCAGGAAGAAUGCGUUGUCAAUCUACGAAAAACACCAGGUCGACCCUCCGGACGAGGCAAUUCGUCAACUAAACGCACUCCUCCAACGAACAAUACCCCAACCCAAACGCCUACACCCGCGCCAACUCUGGUGCUAGACGAUAGCGACUCCAUCUCAGCGACACGGAAUGGCUCGCUUACAUCGUCGUCUGAUGACGCUAUCGAGAGUCUUUUCGACAUGAACAUCGACUGGGGCAACAUGGACAUGUUUUCGCUUGGCAGCGGGAACGGGAAUGAUCAAGUCCCCGAGAUCCCCAGUUCUUUGCUUAGUUACGCGGAAUCGACCAGGGUUGAGCCUCCACCUCCGUGCGCCUCCUGGUCAGACUCUAGGGACUUUGCCGCGCCAACAGGCUUGUUCCCCUAUCAGAUCCGCAAUGAAAUUUGCGACCCCGGUAUGCAGUUAGCUGGACUUCAACGGAAUCUCUCGAAGCAUCUGGUCCAUCUACAAUCUUCAUCUUGGGACAUCACAUCUGUUUUGAAGUUGGAAAGCGUGUCGUAUAGUUUUCAAAGUCCAGAAACAUUAUGCGAGGCUAGUCGGAGUUUCAACCCACUCAUCGGCACUUUUGAGAUCAUUGCGGAAUUUGAACAUGUUCUUGCAACAUUGCGACUUAACGUCGAUCGCAGAGAGCGACUCGAAGUUUCGUCUCUCCCAAGAGAGAUAAGCAUGUCUUACAUGUUGACUGCCAUCUCAUGUUAUCUACAGUUGGUCUGUAUAUAUCACAACAUUUUGUCAUACGUACUGGAUCAAGCAUCAAGUAAUCCAGCCGUCAGAAACUUCAUUCUGGAUUCGACCCCGGGAAUUUCUCUGUGUGGAUUUGUGAUUCCAACACCGAAAAAUAUUCUCGGGAGAUCAUUUGCACAGUUGAUGCAACACAAGAUCAGACCUAUUGAGACGGCUUUGGAACUUCCAGACGACUGUCGUAUUUCGAAGGACCCAAAUAUGGACCAGUCAUCUGAAAGGCCUCUGCUACUUGGUGCUAUAGAAGGACAAGCAUUGUUGCAAGUGUUGAACGGUCAGAGUAUCGAAGGGAAAAGUCAUUCAGGUACGAUGGGGCUUCUAGAGUCAUUAAGAGCUAAGAUUACAGAGAUAGAGAAUUUGGGAGGAUAG